AUGAAGUUAAAGGAAGUAGACCGUACAGCCAUGCAGGCCUGGAGCCCUGCCCAGAAUCAUCCCAUUUACCUAGCUACAGGAACAUCUGCUCAGCAGUUGGAUGCCACAUUUAGUACCAAUGCUUCCCUUGAGAUAUUUGAAUUAGACCUUUCUGAUCCAUCCUUGGAUAUGAAAUCUUGUGCCACUUUCUCUUCUUCUCACAGGUACCACAACUUGAUUUGGGGGCCUUAUAAGAUGGAUUCCAAAGGAAAUGUCUCUGGAGUUCUGAUUGCAGGUGGUGAAAAUGGAAAUAUUAUUCUUUAUGAUCCUUCUAAAAUUAUAGCUGGAGACAAGGAAGUUGUGAUUGCCCAAAAUGACAAGCAUACCGGCCCAGUAAGAGCCUUGGAUGUGAAUAUUUUCCAGACUAAUCUGGUAGCCUCUGGUGCUAAUGAAUCUGAAAUCUACAUUUGGGAUCUCAACAAUUUUGCAACUCCAAUGACACCAGGAGCGAAAACACAGCCUCCAGAAGAUAUCAGCUGCAUUGCAUGGAACAGACAAGUCCAGCAUAUUUUAGCGUCAGCCAGUCCCAGUGGCCGGGCCACUGUAUGGGAUCUUAGAAAAAAUGAACCUAUCAUCAAAGUCAGUGACCAUAGUAACAGGAUGCAUUGCUCUGGGUUGGCGUGGCAUCCUGAUGUUGCGACUCAGAUGGUCCUUGCCUCUGAGGAUGAUAGAUUACCAGUGGUCCAGAUGUGGGAUCUUCGCUUUGCUUCCUCUCCACUCCGUGUCUUGGAAAAUCAUGCCAGGGGGAUUUUGGCAAUUGCUUGGAGCAUGGCAGAUCCUGAAUUGUUGCUGAGCUGUGGAAAAGAUGCUAAGAUUCUCUGCUCCAACCCAAACACAGGAGAGGUGUUAUAUGAACUUCCCACCAACACACAGUGGUGCUUUGAUAUUCAGUGGUGUCCCAGAAAUCCUGCUGUCUUAUCAGCUGCUUCCUUUGAUGGGCGAAUCAGCGUUUACUCUAUCAUGGGUGGGAGCGCAGAUGGCUUAAGGCAGAAACAAGUUGACAAGCUCUCAUCAUCUUUUGGGAAUCUUGAUCCCUUUGGCACAGGACAGCCCCUUCCACCAUUACAAAUUCCUCAGCAAACUGCUCAGCAUAGUAUAGUGUUGCCUCUGAAGAAGCCACCCAAGUGGAUCCGAAGGCCUGUUGGUGCUUCCUUUUCAUUUGGAGGCAAACUGGUUACCUUUGAGAAUGUCAGAAUGCAGUCUCAGCAGGGAGCUGAGCAGCAGCAGCAGCCACGCCCUGUGUUCAUUAGUCAGGUUGUAACAGAAAAGGAAUUCCUCAGCAGAUCGGACCAACUUCAGCAGGUUGUGCAGUCACAAGGAUUUGUCAGUUAUUGUCAGAAAAAAAUUGAUGCUUCUCAGACUGAGUUUGAAAAAAACGUAUGGUCCUUUUUGAAGGUAAACUUUGAGGAUGAUUCUCGGGGAAAAUACCUGGAACUUCUAGGAUACAGAAAAGAAGACCUAGGAAAGAAGAUUGCUUUGGCCUUGAACAAAGUGGAUGAACCCGAUGUGGCUCUUAAAGAUUCUGACCAAGUAGCACAGAGUGAUGGGGAGGAGAGCCCUGCUGCUGAAGAGCAGCUCUUGGGAGAGUGCAUCAAAGAAGGAAAACAAGAAUCUGAAUUUCUACCACCAGCAGGAAGAACAUUUAACAUCUCCAUCAGUGGUGAUAUUGAUGGUUUAAUUACUCAGGCUUUGCUGACGGGUAACUUUGAGAGUGCUGUUGACCUUUGUUUACAUGAUAACCGCAUGGCUGAUGCCAUUAUAUUGGCCAUAGCAGGUGGACAAGAACUCUUGGCUCGAACCCAGAAAAAAUACUUUGCAAAAUCCCAAAGCAAAAUUACCAGGCUAAUUACUGCAGUGGUGAUGAAGAACUGGAAAGAAAUUGUUGAGUCUUGUGACCUUAAAAAUUGGAGAGAGGCUUUAGCUGCAGUAUUGACUUAUGCUAAACCAGAUGAGUUUUCAGCCCUUUGUGAUCUUUUGGGAGCCAGGCUUGAAAGUGAAGGUGAUAUCCUCCUGCAGACUCAGGCAUGUCUCUGCUAUAUCUGUGCAGGGAAUGUAGAGAAACUAGUUGCAUGUUGGACUAAAGCUCAAGAUGGAAGCAGUCCUUUGUCCCUUCAGGAUCUUAUUGAGAAAGUUGUCAUCCUGCGAAAAGCUGUACAACUCACCCAAGCCAUGGACACCAAUACUGUAGGAGUUCUUUUGGCUGAGAAGAUGAGUCAGUAUGCUAAUUUGUUGGCAGCCCAAGGCAGUAUUGCUGCAGCCUUGGCUUUUCUUCCCGAAAACACCAACCAGCCAAAUAUUGUGCAGCUUCGUGACAGACUUUGUAGAGCACAAGGACAGCCUGUACCAGGACAGGAAUCAUCUAAAAUUCCUUAUGAGAGGCAGCAGCUGCCUAAAGGCAGGCCUGGACCAAUGGCUGGCCACACACAGAUGUCAAGAGUUCCAGCUCAACAAUAUUAUCCCCAUGGAGAAAAUCCUCCACCUCCAGGUUUCAUAAUGCACGGAAAUGUUAAUCCAAAUGCGACCACAGCUCAGCUUCCCACAUCUCCAGGUCACAUGCACACCCAGGUACCACCUUAUCCACAGCCACAGCCUUAUCAACCAGCCCAGCAGUAUUCCUUCGGAACAGGGGGGUCAACAAUGUAUCGACCUCAGCAGCCCGUUGCUCCUUCUGCUUCAAACGCUUACCCUAACACCCCUUACAUAUCUUCUGCUUCUUCCUAUUCUGGGCAGUCUCAGCUGUACGCAACACAGCCCCAGGCCUCUCCACCUACCUCCAGCUCUGCUGCUUCUUUCCCUCCUCCCCCUUCCUCUGGAGCAUCCUUCCAGCAUGGCGGACCAGGAGCUCCACCAUCAUCUUCAGCUUAUGCACUGCCUCCUGGAACAACAGGUACACUGCCUGCUGCCAGUGAGCUGCCUGCGUCGCAAAGAACAGGUCCUCAGAAUGGUUGGAAUGAUCCUCCAGCUUUGAACAGAGUACCCAAGAAGAAGAAGAUACCUGAAAACUUUAUGCCUCCUGUUCCCAUCACAUCACCAAUCAUGAACCCUUUGGGUGACCCCCAGUCACAGAUGCUGCAGCAACAACCUUCAGCUCCUUUACCUCUGUCAAGCCAAGCUUCAUUUCCACAGCCACAUCUUCCAGGUGGCCAGACCUUCCAUGGCAUACAGCAACCUCUUGGUCAACCAGGCAUGCCACCAUCUUUCUCAAAGCCCAAUAUUGAAGGUGCCCCAGGGGCUCCUAUUGGAAAUACCAUCCAGCAUGUGCAGUCUUUGCCAACAGAAAAAAUUACCAAGAAACCUAUUCCAGAUGAGCACCUCAUUCUAAAGACCACAUUUGAGGAUCUUAUUCAGCGCUGCCUCUCCUCAGCCACAGAUCCUCAAACCAAGAGGAAGCUAGAUGAUGCCAGCAAACGCUUGGAGUUUCUAUAUGAUAAACUUAGGGAACAGACACUUUCACCCACGAUCAUCAAUGGUUUACACAACAUUGCGAGGAGCAUUGAAACUCGAAACUACUCAGAAGGAUUGACCAUCCAUACCCACAUAGUUAGCACCAGCAACUUCAGUGAGACCUCAGCUUUCAUGCCAGUUCUCAAAGUCGUUCUCACCCAGGCCAAUAAGCUGGGUGUCUGAAAGGACAUCUUUAUUCCCAGCCCAUAUUGCCAUUCUUCCAAAGAAGCAUAUUUUAAAAAAAUGUUAAGAUAUGGACCAAUCCUCAUUAGCAUGUUUCCAUAGCAGCCAGUCAAGAGCAUUUACACUAUUCCUGCAGAUAUACUCACCUUAGAACUGCUCAGAACCCAGGUGCUUUCUUUUGUUUUAAUCUUUUAUUGCCCAUGACGAUUUUCCUAUUCUGCAAAUAGUGUAUUUCCUGGAUUACACUAGUAUGUUUUCCUGAAGUAUUCUGAUCAAAUGUGGUUUUUAAAACCUCAGUAUACUUUUUGGGAAAGAAGCAUCUGGUUAU